AUGGCGUCAAUGCGCGACUCGUCUGAGCGUCGUCCAGGGAGUCUACGCACGCCCUACGCGCUUCCUCGGAAUGACGUGGCCAUCACCGCAGCCACUGCAGUCGCCGUGAGUCUGGGGCUGUCGUUGCUACACAGCACCAAGAGGAGUAAAACCACUGAAGCUCGUAGAGUGCCUCCAAUGCCCAAGUCAACGCUGCCCAUUCUCAAGAGCUUACUUGAUAUUGGUGGUGCUGUCGACACCUUCCACGACUGGCUGUAUGAACAAUCCGCCGAGUUCGACAAUCGCCCGUGGAUGUACCACAUCCCCGGGCGUCCUGAGACCAUCGUGCUCUCUUCUCCCGAUACAAUUGAGGAUGUCAUGUCCACUCAAGGCCACAUCUUUCUACGUGGUCCCGUGGGGCAAUACACAAGUUAUGAUAUCUUCGGAAAGGGGAUGAUCAUUGCUGACGGAGAUCAGUGGUACUACCACCGUAAAACUGCGAGUCACUUGUUCUCCAUGCAGAUGAUGAAAGAGGCCAUGGAAUCCUCUGUGCACGAGAAGCUUGGCGUCUUCUUGGACGUGUUGGACAUCUACCACAAGCGCGGUAAGCCAUUUAGUCUCAAGGAGGAGCUUCUCCACUUCACCAUGGACGUGAUUUCCAAGAUCGGCUUUGGAGUGGAACUCAACACGCUCAAGGACAGUCCAGACCGCGAGACAGACCACGAAUUCCUCGAAGCGUUCGACAGUGCCGGGGUGGGUUUUGCUGUUCGUGUUCAGACGCCUAUCUGGGUCUGGCGGAUCAAGAGAUUCCUAAAUAUUGGUUGGGAGAGGGUCUUCCAAAACGACAUUGCGACUAUGCACAACUUUAUCAACAAAGUCAUCAUGGAGUCGAUGCAGAAGAAGGCAGAGCUGGCUGCUAAAGGUGAAAAGAUGGUCGCCAAAGAUUUAAUCUCGCUCUUUAUGGAGAGCAACUUGAGAGAGUCCGAAGACAUGCACAUCGCGGACGACGACGUGACUAUCAUGCGCGACAUGGUCAUGACCUUUAUUUUCGCUGGGAAGGACACGACGGCGCACAGCAUGAGCUGGUUCAUCGUCAUGAUGAACAGAUAUCCGGACGUGCUACGUAAGAUCCGAGAAGAGAUGAAGGAGAAGCUGCCCGGCCUCUUUAACGGCGAGAUUAGAGUGCCGACCCAGGAACAAGUCCGCAAUCUCGUGUACCUGGAAGCUGUGAUCAAGGAGAACAUGCGUCUCACGCCUUCGACGGGAUUCAUCGCGCGCGAAUGCAUGCAGGACACGACGCUCGUGGACGGUACGUUCAUCAAGAAAGGUCAGACGACCAUGGUCUCGUCCUACUGCAACGGUCGCAACACGAAAUCCUGGGGCGACGAUGCCCUCGAGUUCAAGCCUGAGCGCAUGAUCAACCCGGAAACAGGCAAACUGCGUGUGUUUUCACCCUUCAAAUUCAGCGCUUUUGGCUCCGGCCAGCACGUGUGCAUUGGCCAGAGAUUCGCUAUGAUGCAACUCAAGAUGACGUUGGCCACGCUCUUCAGCAAAUUCGACAUCAAGACGGUGGAGGACCCAUUGGACAUCACUGGCGACUCGCCACUGGCGAGUCUCCGCUAUCAACGCCUUCCCUCUCACUUUCGCUUUUUCAAGCCAGCCCGUCGGAAUCCCGAGACGCUAAGUCGAACAAGCAAGCUCGCCAUGAAAUCCGUCACGGAUCUUCUCGGUGACAAGAACGACCUCGUCGUCACUGCUGCCGCUGCAGUGGCUGUAAGUCUGGGACUGUCAUUGUUGCUGCACGCCAAGAAGAACAAGUCGACAGAGGCCCAAAAACUGCCGCCCGUGCCGAAGACCACCCUCCCCCUUCUCAAAAACAUUUUGGACGCCGGUGGCAAUGCCGAACGCUUCCACGAUUGGCUCAACGAACAAUCCACCGAGUUUGGCAAUCGCCCGUGGAUGUUCACAAUCCCCGGCCGUCCAGACAACAUCGUGCUGUCCUCACCGGAAAUGUUCGAGGACGUGCUCAAGACCCAAGACGACGUGUUCCUUCGAGGUCCCUCGGGUCAAUACAUCAGCUACGACUUGUUCGGCAACGGUAUGGUCAUCACCGACGGAGAUUUGUGGUUCUACCACCGUAAGACGGCGAGUCACCUCUUCUCCAUGCAGAUGAUGAAGGACGUGAUGGAAGCUACAGUCCGUGAGAAAUUGGCGGUCUUCUUGGAUGUUUUAAACAUCUACUCGAAACGUAACCAGCAGUUCAGUGUGAAACAGGAGCUGAGUCACUUCACCAUGGACGUCAUCGCCAAGAUCGCGUUUGCUAUUGAGUUGGAUACGCUUAAGAACAGUCCCGAUAGAGACGAAGAUCAUGAGUUCCUACAGGCCUUCAACAAGGCCUGUGUGGCGUUCGGUGUGCGUAUCCAGUCACCGUUGUGGCUCUGGAGACUCAAACGAUACCUGAACGUUGGCUGGGAGAAGGUCUUAAAGGAGAACAACGCGAUUAUCCAGAACUUUAUCAACGAUGUGAUCGUCAAGUCGAUGAACAAGAAAGCGGAACUUGCAGCUAAAGGCGAGACAAUGGUAGCGAGAGAUUUGAUUACUCUCUUCAUGGAGAGCAACCUCCGACAGACGGAGGAUAUCCAGAUUGAGGAUGACGACGCUACUAUUAUGCGCGAUAUGGUCAUGUCCUUUGCGUUCGCUGGCAAGGACUCGACAGCUGACAACAUGUGCUGGUUUAUCGUCAACAUGAACCGCUACCCGAACGAGUUGCGUAAGGUUCGCGACGAGAUGAAGCAGAAGCUGCCCGGUCUGCUGACUGGUGAGAUUGUGGUCCCGACGCAGGACCAGGUCCGAGAUCUGGUGUACUUGGAGGCCGUGAUUAAGGAGAACAUGCGGCUCCAUCCGUCCACAGCUUUCAUCAUGCGGGAGGCCAUGCAGGAUACAACUCUCGUUGACGGAACGUUCGUUCGGAAGGGCCAGACCUUGAUGGUUUCCUCGUACUGUAAUGCUCGCAACAAACGCACUUGGGGCGAAGACUGUCUGAAAUUCAAGCCCGAGCGUAUGAUUGACCCCGAGACGGGGAAGCUACGUGUGUUGUCUCCGUACGUGUUCAGCGGCUUCGGGUCGGGUCAGCAUGUGUGUAUCGGUCAGAAGUUCGCUAUGAUGGAGAUCAAGAUGACGCUGGCUACGCUAUUGAGCAAGUUUGACAUCGAGACGGUGGAGGAUCCGUGGAAACUCACGUACGAAUUCUCCCUCACCACUCCCGUAAAGGGAGGCCUCAACGUCAAAGUUACGCCCUUGACACCUGCUGCCUCAGCCUAA